AUGAACUACGAUAGUUGUGAAAGAAUAGUGCCCAUUAAACGCGAAGAAGAACUCGAAUGCCCGGAAGACGAAGAGUACUACCGUUAUGUGCCCGUUGAAGUGAAAAAAUACGAAACACAAGUAUUCGCGCCAUCAUCACCGACCCAUCUAAUGGAUUUAAGUAACGGCUCUGAAAGACCGACGCUACAACAAGCCUGGCCAUCCAAUGUCAUAUUCGAUAGCGAAGACCGAGACUACCAGCAGCCCCAAUAUCCGUCAUACGAUCAGCUAUAUAUUCCUGAUCAAAGGCAAAGACAAUUGUCACGAACGUUCUACUUCGACGAUUCCAAUUCACAAGACCGAGGCAGCUCCUACUAUGAAAAUAAUGACAUGUCGAAAGUAGGAGACACUGUGUAUCGAGCAUCGACUGAAGAGCGUAGCGACGACAACGAUGAACAGAGAAGGUCAAGAAAGCGCUCAUCGAAAUCAUCGAGAAAGAAAAGUCAGUCAUUCGAAGAAAUGCAAAUGCAACGAGUGAUGGCAAAUGUCAGGGAGAGGCAAAGAACGCAGAGUUUGAACGAAGCUUUUGCUAGCUUGCGACAGAUCAUACCGUCUUUGCCGAGUGAUAAACUUUCUAAGAUACAAACACUCCAAUUAGCGACACAGUACAUAGAGUUCCUGUAUCAAAUUCUUUCGAACAGUGAGUCUACUGCUAACAGCGAUGGUAGCAGCGAUGCUGGCAGUGAACACGGCAAGUAUUUGGCACAGGAUAAGUUAAGUUACGCUUUCUCUGUAUGGAGAAUGGAAGGCGAGUGGACAAAUGGUCAAACGUGA